GUUGACAGCUCGACUGCAAGCUUAUAGGCCCUCAGAUUCUCCAGUUCUCUGCAUCCAGCAUCCAACAAGUUGCUCCCUUUUGGAGAACUACUUCACUGCGCGCUGUUGCGCUCCUGUAUUUUUUGUGCGCCAAGAUAUAUAUAUAUUUUUAAAUGCAAUCGUAAAGCGCGUUUUCUUCUUUCCUUCCUCUCAAACUUUAUCUCAAAAGGAUCGCCGACUUUUUAUGGGCUCGAAUCAAUUGCAAAUGAAACUUUUCUUGUGCGUAACGGUGUGGGGCACGCCAAAGUGAACAUGUGCCUCUGGGACCAAAGAGGGAAAAAAUACUCCGAAGAUGUCAACAUUGCUUUACCACCCACUCGAAAUCGAUUGUAUUACCUUCAAGAAGGUGGCACUCGGUAUAAAUAGCUACGCAAUUUUUCAAGAAAGACGGCGUUGAGCACAAUCUGCAGGCUGUUCUUUCUCUCUCUUAUCGGAACCGCAGACAACGCCUGAAAGAAUUUCCUCAAGACAACUGUGUCCACUCUCCAGGACAUAAGCAUCUCCUCAACCGACAGUCAAGCCAUGCAUGUGGAGAGGAAAUGGCACAUACUGUUGACCAUCUUCUUUUUGCUCAUCUCCUCGGGUCAGUGCAUGGACAGCAAACAGGUCAAGCAGAAUGAGAGAAGGACCCUGUUGGAUCUAAUUUUACAGGUUAUCAAGGACAGCCAGCAACGGGACAAGCCCGUGUCUAGGCGCUGUGGCAGUGGACUCCACACCUCAGCACAAGACUUCAAGUCCUCUUCCCGGGAAAAGCCUUUGUAUGUCCCUAGGCUGGAUAACACUAGACUCAUAGAUAUUGUUUCUAGAGAUGCAGACCUGAAGAACAAAUUCAUUCAGCAUUUUGGAGGACAUGUCAAGUUCUCGUCGGAGUGCAAAACACACUUUCACAGACUAUACUACACCACAAGGGAUUGCUCAACACCAGCAUAUUACAAAAGGUGUGCAAGAUUGCUAACACGAUUAGCAAUGAGUCCGCUCUGCAUGCAGUCAUAGGUUUUGUAUGUCGCCAUAUAACGGAAGAGGGAUCAAUGUGUUGCCAAGGAAGUGCCUUCCAACCCACAGCAGACAUGAGGACGUUCUUUCUGUGUGUGUCUAUAGUGUCUAUAUUUUUGCUGUUGGUGUUGUCAUAACUCAAAAUGAUGGACAUUGUUGGUUGUUUGUGAGUGGAAUGGACAAUGUAUUUGUAAGCAGAUAAUGUAAUAUCAAAUACUGUACAUCUAUUUAUUGAAAGGACAUAUAAAUAUAUGUAAUGAUUUAACAGUCACUGGAUAGCCAAUCAUUUUGGUUAUAAAAGUCAUAAGUGAUGGAAAGAAAAUGUAUUUGCUUUAUUUUCUAUAUAAAUUCCACUUUUGCUAAUUUGCUGACGUUAUACUCCAUCUUUGUCUUCAUCACAUUUUAUUUGGCACUUGAGUGAUUGUUGACAAUAAGACCAUAUAAAAUAACAACAAUGGUGACAACUCACUGCAUUACUAAAUAAAGAAUACUGAAGCACAG